UUCUUGGUUCAUUCACUCACUCACUCACUCACUCACUUGCAAACAGAACCAACCACCAUUCCACAACAAUGGCGGAACCCAAAACCAAAAGCUACAUUUCCUCAGAAGAACUCAACAAACACAACAAGCUCGACGACGCAUGGAUCUCCAUCCACGGCAAGAUCUACGACGUCUCCGACUGGCUCCACCGCCACCCCGGCGGCCACCUCCCUCUCCUCACCCUCGCCGGACAAGAUGCCACCGACGCAUUCCUCGCCUUCCACCCUCACACGGUGGCACACCGCCUCGCUCCACUCUUCACCGGCCACUUCCUCCGUGACUACACCGUCUCUGCCGUCUCCUCCGAUUACCGCACCCUACUGAACCACCUCUCCCGCACCGGCCUCUUCGAACGCAAGGGCCACGGCGCGUGCGUUUCACUACUCUUAAUUCUCUGCCUCCUCUUAAUCAGCCUCUCUGGCGUCUUCUUUUCGGACCGCAUGUGGGUGCACGUGGCAUCGGGCGCGUUGAUAGGGUUUAUUUGGAUUCAGAGUGGUUGGAUUGGGCAUGAUUCUGGGCACUAUCAGGUUAUGUUGAACCGGAGGUUAAACCGUGCGGUUCAGAUUCUCUCCGGUAACUGUCUCGCCGGAAUAAGCAUUGGGUGGUGGAAGUGGAACCACAAUGCACACCACAUUGCUUGUAAUAGUCUUAACUUUGACCCUGAUCUUCAGCAUUUACCUUUCUUUGUUGUGUCAUCAAGGUUCUUUAGUUCACUAACUUCUUGUUUCUACGAGAGGAAGAUGAAUUUUGAUGCGUUUGCUAGGUUCUUGGUUAGUUACCAGCAUUGGACAUUUUACCCUGUGAUGUGUUUUGCUAGGAUUAAUUUGUUCGCGCAGUCUUUUAUGUUGUUGUUGUCUAAGAGAGAUGUGCCUAAUAGGGCUGUGGAGCUUUUGGGGAUGCUUGCGUUUUGGGUUUGGUACCCUUUGUUGGUUUCUUGCUUGCCCAAUUGGGGGGAGAGGGUUUUGUUUGUGGUGGUUAGUUUUUCUGUUGCUGGGAUUCAGCAUGUUCAGUUCUGUUUGAACCAUUUUUCUUCUAAUGUGUAUUUGGGUCCACCGAGUGGGCAUGAUUGGUUCGAGAUGCAGACUAAUGGGACUCUUGAUGUCAAGUGUUCUGCUUGGAUGGAUUGGUUUCAUGGUGGGCUGCAGUUUCAGGUGGAGCACCAUUUGUUUCCGCGGUUGCCACGGUGCCAUCUUAGGAAGAUUGCGCCUUUGGUUAGGGACCUUUGUAAGAAGCACAAUCUUCCUUACAAUUGUGUGUCCUUCUGGAAAGCCAAUGUGCUCACGAUUCAGACGCUGAGAAAGGCGGCGUUGCAGGCUCGGGAUGCGUCUAAUCCUGUUCCCAAAAAUUUAGUUUGGGAAGCUGUUAAUACUCAUGGAUGAAUGAGCUUGAGUGAAGCUUCGUGUGGUUUUGCUGUCAUUGACUGUUUGGUCAAGGUGUGAUAACUGAGGGUGAUAGGUAAUCCUUGGUUUUGAAGAGAAUAAUUGAUUUGCAGAUUGCUUAGAGGCUUCAAUUGCUCGGUGUGUUGGUAGCAGGAUCAGCUAAUCUUCUUUUGAAAAAUAGUUAAGGAAACUACUGAUACUGGUCAUGGUUUAAUACCGAAUAGUCCUAUAUCGUUUUAUGCUCCGCACUUCAUGUCUGAGAAUGGGAUGUAAGUACCGUGUUUAUUCUUUGUCUGCUUUGGCAGUUUGAUUUCAUUAUGCGUCCAGGGGUCUAUCUACUACAACUACAUAACCAUUUGUGUUAUGCCUUGGAAUAGUACAUUGUUAUUUGGAACAAAAAAUGUACCAUAUGUUAAAUUCAAGUUCUCUGAAUUGAUAUUUGUCAUUUCUUGCUUCUUGUUUAGUUGCUCCUAUCAGUUUGGUUAGACUCUUAGUAGUCAUACAAUCAGAUGGUUGCAAACUGUUGCUUGUAUUGCGAUAUAGUUUGUUAUUUAUAGAAGAUUUCACUUUUAAUUUAUGGUCACGGAUGGAUGGGGGUGACAUGAUCUUUGCUCUUGCAGAAGGGUAUUAAGUGCUGCUAUUUUCCCGAGCAAAUUAAUACACCAAAAACUACCUACUUUUCAGUCUCUCCAACCUAAUUCAAAUUCUACCAAUUUGUAACUCUGAAAAAUGUAAAAUAUUUUGUCAUGUGUAAUAAUAGCAUUGAAAAAUGCAACCUGUUGUGUUAGAAAUCUUGUGUCUUUUGUUUAUUUACUAUUAUCUGUGGUGGUGUUGUGCCUACUUACAGUCAUUUCAUCCUCAAGGUUUUCAUGUACAUGUUUCUAUCGGUGUGCUGUACUGUAUUAUUGUUGCAUGUUUGCCCUUUUAAUGCAUGAACUGGUAGGAAGCUGACUUGUUCCUCAAGGUGGCAAGAAGCACCCAAACGAACUCUAUCAAUGAUACUACUAUAUGAUUCCAUUUCUCCCUUUAAGCAAAUAGCAAAGACAUGAGCUAUGUUACCCCGAGCUGUUUGUCACGGUUGCAAAACAUAAGCAUGAACUCGAAAUAAAAAUGAUUGUCAUGGUUGCAUGUCUAUAGUUGAGUUCAAAUGACAAACUUGCGUAUUUAUCUAUUUACCUGCUAUUAUAUUAAAUAUAUUAUUUCACAAAAUCACAUUUUCUUUUCACUCAGUAAAACAAGGUGGGAAAUCAUUUUCGUUCUCUUGAUCCAGUACAUAUUUUCUCAUUUUCUUUUCCCUCUUAUCCAGUAUAUAGAAAGAAAAGAAAUAUAACCAUUCAAGUCAGAAUUCUCUUGAUGCCGCCUAGGCCCUCGAUCUUGCUUAUGCCUAUGACAUUUCGAACAGCUUUUUUCAAAGAAAAGAAUCACAUUUUUCAAAAGCACUCGGAAAACUGACAAAAAUAAUUAUUUUCUCAAAGUAAGCUGAACUAAAUACACAUUAAGAUGCAUGAGCUCCCAUCCUUAUGAUCGCCAAGUUAGAGUAGUUUUGUUGUCUACAGAUUCCUCUGUAUAGAGACGGUAAAACCAGCAAUCAAUGCGUUGAGAGGAAAAUUGCCUCCAUUAUAUAGCUAAACUUGUUAGCUGAACCCGUUAUGGAAGAGAAGCGUCUUACGAGGUUUACAGAAUCAUAGGGUGUUUUUCACUUGCUCAUAUGACUUUGCUGCAACAUCUCAGGUAUCCAGGAGCAAUUGCAUCUAUCAUUUUUUUUUCUCUCCACCUUUUCGUGUUGUAUCUUUAAGAUCUCCAAUUCUGUUGCAAAUCCAAUGAUUAUAUAAGAAAAAGAAUCCAAAUCUCUUCUGAGGGAAUG